GGCGCCAUUUUGUCCCUCCCGCAAGCCUAAGAUGGCGGCCGGCGGGCGGCGCUGAGGGGCGCUCGGUACCGCCGGGCCCAUGGCGCCAUGGACCUGCGCACGGCCGUGUACAACGCGGCGCGCGACGGGAAGCUGAAGCUGCUGCAGAAGCUGCUGGGCAGCCGCAGCCGCCGGGAGCUGGAGGCGCUGACGGCGGGGCCGGGCGGCGGCGCCGGGGCCGGGGCGGGCGGCACCCCGCUGCUCAUCGCCGCCCGCCACGGGCACCUGGAGGUGGUGGAGUACCUGCUGGACCACUGCGGGGCCCGCGUGGAGGAGGGCGGCUCGGUCAGCUUCGACGGCGAGACCAUCGAGGGGGCCCCGCCGCUGUGGGCCGCCUCGGCCGCCGGCCACCUGGCCGUGGUGCGCAGCCUGCUGGCGCACGGCGCCUCGGUCAACCAGACCACGCUGACCAACUCCACGCCGCUGCGCGCCGCCUGCUUCGACGGGCACCUGGAGAUCGUGCGCUACCUGGUGGGCGAGCGCGGCGCCGACCUGGAGGUGGCCAACCGGCACGGGCACACCUGCCUCAUGAUCUCCUGCUACAAGGGGCACCGGGAGAUCGCCCGCUACCUGCUGGAGCGAGGGGCCGACGUCAACCGCCGCAGCGUGAAGGGCAACACCGCCCUGCACGACUGCGCCGAGUCCGGCAGCCUGGAGAUCCUGCAGCUGCUGCUGCGCUCCAAGGCCCGCAUGGAGAAGGACGGCUACGGCAUGACGCCGCUGCUGGCCGCCAGCGUCACGGGGCACACCAACAUCGUGGAGUACCUCAUUCGGGGAGGGCUGGAGGAGGAGGAGGAGGAGGAGGAGGGAGCGGCGCCGCGUGAGGGCGCCGCCGCCGUUGGUGCUACCGCCGCUGCCGCCACCGCCGCUGCCACCACCGCCGCUGCCACCACCGCCGCGAGGGGCUCGAGCUGCCCCGAGGAAGAGCAGCGGGACGAUGGGGACGAGCAGCCGGCGCCGUGCGUGCUGUGCUCCCGAGAGGACGCCGUGGAGGCGCUGGAGCUGCUGGGGGCCACGUUCGUGGAUAAGAAACGCGACCUCCUGGGGGCCCUCAAGCACUGGCGGCGAGCCAUGGAGCUGCGGCACCGGGGAGGGCGCUACCUGGCCAAGCCGGAGCCGCGCCAGCUGGUGCUGGCCUACGACUACGCGCGGGAAGUGAGCACGCUGGACGAGCUGGAAGGCCUGAUCACGGACCCGGAUGAGAUGCGCAUGCAGGCGCUGCUGAUCCGAGAGCGCGUCCUGGGCCCUUCGCACCCGGACACCUCGUAUUACAUCCGUUACAGGGGGGCCGUCUAUGCUGACUCGGGCAACUUCGAGCGCUGCAUCAACCUGUGGAAGUACGCCCUGGACAUGCAGCAAGGCAACCUGGAGCCUCUCAGCCCCAUGACUGCCAGCAGCUUCCUCUCCUUUGCCGAGCUCUUCUCGUACGUGCUUCAGGACCGCUCCAAGGGCACCUUAGCAACCCAGCUGGGCUUCUCUGACCUCAUGGGCGUGUUAAGCAAAGGCGUCCGGGAGGUGGAGCGGGCGCUAAUGCACGGCAAGGACCCGGUCACCGAUUCGGCACAGUUCACCAAGACCUUAGCCAUCAUCCUGCAUCUGGUCUUCCUGCUGGAGAAGGUGGAGUGCGCGCCGGAGGAGGAACACCAGAAGCGUCAGACCAUCUACCGCCUGCUCAAGUGCAGCCCCCGGGGCAAGAACGGCUUCACUCCCUUGCACAUGGCUGUGGACAAGGACACCACCACGGUGGGGCGUUACCCAGUGGGCAAGUUCCCGUCGCUCCACGUCGUGAACUUGCUUCUGGAGUGCGGGGCUGACCCUGACAGCCGGGACUACGAUAACAACACCCCGCUGCACAUAGCUGCCCGAAACAACUGCCCGCUGAUCAUGAGUGCCCUCAUGGAGGCCGGAGCCCACAUGGAUGCCACCAAUGCCUUCAAGCAGACAGCCUAUGAGCUGCUCGAUGAGAAGCUGCUCACCAAGAGCAUGAUGCAGCCCUUCAAUUACAUCACCCUCCAGUGCCUUGCUGCGCGUGCCCUCGACAAGCACAAGAUCCCCUACAAAGGCUUCAUCCCUGAAGAGCUGGAGGCCUUCAUUGAACUGCACUAGGGUGGGAGAGCAACGGGGCCACCAGCCUUCCUCAUCCACCACGUGAUCCCCAGGAGGGAGCGAGGUUGGAAGCCUUCCUUGCCCUGAGGCAGGCUGCAGGUGCUGUCCAUCCUCAUCACCAGUGAGCUUGUUCACACGGGGUAGAAAACUCAAGAGCUUGUGUCUGGGGCAUCUCCUCCUCCUCCACAUCUCCAGGUGCCAGAAAUAGCGAACUGCACCAAGAGGAGGUUGCAGCCACGGCCUUCCCCCAUUGCCGUCUGUCUUGCCCUUUGGCCAGUGGAGCUCUUAAGGCAGAUUCCUCAAUAUCCUACCAUUUCUUCCUUUAAUGCCAGAUUCACUCAGUCUUUAUGCUCUGGACUAGCUGCAGAUUCACAUAUGUGCCCCGGCUCUGCCCUACCCCUGCCUUGAGCACUGAACAGAGAAAUGCAAGCAAGGAAUAAAAUAUCCUACAUCUUCCAGUGUAACCUUAUGCCUUGUUCCCCCCUGGCUUUAGCACUUGAACCUAAGAGCUGAGUGGCCAGUGCUCAGUAGAGUUCUUGGCUGCUGACUUGAGGGUAAAGCGAGGUUUGGUGGCUUGUUUGCUUCCCCAUCAGUGUAGGAGUUCUCAGAUUUGCAAUGAGUAUGUGUAAAGCUGGGUUUUUUUCCCUGUCUGUGCCAGGCCUCAUCCAUACUGCCUGGUUUCUCCAAUCCUGUACUAGAGUGGCUUCAACAGCAGGUGGUGGCUUGUUUGAAUGUGGUUGGGGGGAAGAGGGAGAGAUGAAGGAAAGGGAGGCAUCUAUUUAAAAAAAAAAAAAAGCCAAGCUGAGUAGUCAAAUUGCUGGCUUUCUUCCCAUUGCAUAUGCUGACCGCUGGUCUAGAUAGAGACCCGCUGUUUCCACUGGAGCUCUGUGUGGACUCCAGGGUGGGCCUGUGUGACCGCUCUCAGGCCCACAGGGCUGCAGAUGUGGGACAUGAUCGGAUACCAUCUUGCCAACCGUUCUGGGGUUGAAAAGCAUGUGCAGUGGGGAUGCAGUCUGGGGGUUGAUGGGAGGCAGGUAAGCAUUUGGGGAAUGUCUAAACGUCUCUAGGAAAGAACUACCGCUAAUGAAGGAUUGUUAAUAUUUGGGCUUUUUUGUACUGUUUAAGAUACUGAUCCUGCGCUCUCUGUAAUCACCCUGCUCUGGAAAACCUCCGUCAAAAGGGCCAGCGUGGUUUGGGGCUUUUGAUUCUUUUGCAAGUAUAGGACAGAUGGUGCUAGCUUCAGGACUGAGAUGGGGCUCUUUCAUGUGGCUGCCAUCAGGGCAAGCUGUUUUUGUGCAUUAGGGUCUGCACAAAAGCAUUUUAGCCCUGACUUUGAUUGGGGGGCGGUGGUACUGUUGCUCCACUCAGUGGGGAAUAGUCAGUGCUGGGAAAUACGAUGCUGCCCCAAUCUCAGAUCCUCUCUAUGCAGGAAUGACUAUGCUUUGCCAGCCUGUGUCUAAUUUCUUGGCCCAGUCAGAGCAAAACACAUAGCUGAGGGGGAAGCAGCUGCCCCUCAGAGCUUUGGGGAAAGGUCAGGACCAGGAGAGCAGAGCCCUGACAAACACUAAUGCACUAUGUGCCCGCAGAGCUGCUGUGCUGGGAUUUGCAGGCCAGCUGAACCGUAAGCCUCAAUAAUCCAAUAUUCUCUGCCUCAUACAGAUACUGUAGUUCUGCCGUUUUAGUUUUUGCAGUGUUAACUAUUUAAAAGAAAUGUUAUUUAUAAGGCAAAAAGGUUUAACAUGCAUCAAGUCAAGUGCGGAGUUAAUUUAGCUACUUCCCCCACCCCCCCUUCUGGCUGAAACAUGGACUAAACUGCAGAGACAAAUUUGUUCAAUUUUGCGAGCCGACUGCUCCUAACUUUAAAUAAUAAAACAAAAAAAAAUGCUGCUAGAACACAAA